AUGUCUAUCGUCAAGAAUAUCCCAGUCCUCACCAUGCUCGCUCGUCGCUCUCUGCACGCGGCUCCAGCACUACGCCACUCCUCAUCCAAGCGCAUUGCGGGCGCUCCGUCGCCACAUCGGAGCGACCUCGUCACUCCAUCGAGCCAGAAGAAGCGCAGAUAUGGCAAAGCGGAGUUCCUUUACGACACUAAGCACUUGAGCAUCGGGCUUCUGUUGGGGCUCGUGGGCGCCAAGACGCUACACGUUGCGGCGAAGGAGGAGGUCGAAUGGACCUGGAAAAAGAGCCUGGAGGACGGUGGACUUUUCGUGGAGAAUGUCUCUGAUGGAGUGAAUGAAAAGCUGCUUCCAGAGCCCGCCCGAAGCGAUGUGAUGAGUCACGUCUACCUCUUCACUUUGACUGGGCAUGUGCAACAUGUCUCCGUGUUGAGCGAAGUGAAUACAAAGUCGUACUCACGUGCACCCGCGGUGAACAGCUGCAUGUGGCGCAUCAUUCACUUGCUUAGCGCGUUCCGAAGCUUAACUAUCGCACUCGACGACAACUUCCAGCGCCAAACUGCCCGACUACAUUUUCAAUCAACAACCAGCAGCCAACAUAGCUCAAGCAGUCCCGGUGGUCUCGAGGUGAGUACCUGCUCGAUCGCGCCGGAGUCCGUCACUGACUCGAGUAGCCAACAAACGAUGCCAAAGAGAGCUGGCCCACUGAAGGCCGUUGCUCACAACAAAAAGGCCAAAGUCAGCAGCGAAAACGCAUCGAAAAUGGACGCAGAGAACCCACACGACAACAGGUGCUUGUUCUUCGAGCUCUCCGCAGAACUGCGGAACGAGAUAUAUGAGCUCGCUCUGGUGAAGUCCGAGGAGAUAGAGAUCACAAAGGAGACGUUCGCUCAGCCAGCUCUUUUGCGCACAUGUCGCCAGAUCCGUGCAGAGGCUGUUCAGAUUUACUACUCUCGGAACGAGUUCUAUACCACAAUCUCUCGCUUGGAUGCGAGUCUUCUUCGCGCAUUCGGUCAGCAGCAGUCCCACGAAGAGGUUUGGCUUAAGAGGACAGGCGUGGCUUUGAUACUCAAUGAAGGCUCCAAUGACGCGUACUGGCCCAAUUUCCUCCAGUGGAUGAAAUGGUACUAUGACGACGAAGUCACGGGCUUGGCUUGUCCGGAGGACUGUCCGGGAGGUCUCUGCUGCACUCUGGAUGCGGCUUUCCGCAUCGUGAGUGAGUUGCAAGAUCUUCGCUGGAAGCGAGUUUCUACAGUUCUGGAGACUUUGAAGAGAAUGAAACAGCCAGAGAACGGCAGUUCGUUGCGCUGGCUCGAAAGUUCUCAAGACUGAGGCAUUCGUGUCAGGGAGCUUCGCUUGAACGAAGAAAAUGGCCGUGCUCAGCUCACCAUCCAGCUGUGGGUACUGUUGUGCCAGAGAAGACUGUCGGAGAGUUGAGCAACUGCACACGACGACUUUGGUGCGGGGACGGAAUAAUGCGUCGAUUGAGAACUGCGAUAGCUGAAGCGUCAGCACGCAACCGUGGAAGUGAUAUAAAGUGCCACAUAUUGUUCAAGGCAACAGGAUAGAGAGACGAAGAUCGAGAUUCCGCACUGCAUUAUCAUCUUCUGCAAGCGUCGCUUCGCAGAUCAUAAUCGAAUGUGCGCUCACUGCGGACCACACGAGCAGAC